AAGUCAGCUGUCAAAUGCCUAGCAGAUGUUUCUUUGCAAUGGUUGUUUUCCCUUACUAACGCUUAUCGGAUCCAUUAAAACUUAAAACAACUUUUCCUAACUUAAAAAACUCAAAAAACCUCCUAAAAGUACCUCAAAAAGUGUUUCUACCAAAACCCUAAUGAGUGAAACCGUCAUGUGAUAUCAAAUCGGUGAUACCUCAAAGGUCAUUGACAAAUCGGUGCCGCCAAAACUGCGCCCGUGUUUUUAUUCCCUAUUUUCCGUGGCAUUUCUUUCCUGCCCGCCCCGGAGUAUGGAAUUUGAGUUCGGUAAGCACUUCAAGGAUGCCACCAAUUUACUGUUAAUGAUGGACCACGAUAGCGGAUACGUGGAAGGCGAGAGCAGCACCUCGUCCAGUAUCGAAUCGGCCCCACCACACAAAGAGAUUCCUGCCAAAAGGGAACCGGAUAAUUUCCUGCUUAGCGAGGACGCCCUGCUAGAAAGACCCGAGUUAUAUUUCGACUUAAGUGCCAAUUUACCACCCGAAAUAGACCGUGAGGAUCAAAUAAGAGUGUUUUCGUCUCCGGACAUUGUUACCUCUUCUGUUCCCAGUCAAAAUUCCGUUGCCGAAUAUAGCGGGUUAGAGAAUGAUUCUAUUUCAUCGUCCCAAAGAUCCGGUGAGAUACCCUUGAUUGCACCCAUAGAAGUAGCAAAAAUGGAUGUGUGCGAAAUGGUCCAAGAUGGGGUAGAUAAUGACAUUUUAAUGAUAUCGGCCACUGAAAGUGAUAUGUCGUUAGAGCAGACAUUUGACCCUGUUAUAGUGGAAAAUUCAAAUCUUUCUUUUGCCUGUUGUAGCCAUAAAAAGGCCAUUAGCAUUAGCCCAUCUAAUGGGAUUAUUAAGCAGGAGGGUGGUUUGAAUCAUAGUGUAAUUGCCCCAUCAAAUAGUGAAGGACUGAAUGGUGAUAAGAAGGAACAUUAUUUUAAAGAAGACAAUGAGGAACCAGACAAGGAACAAUCCGUCCAAGAAUCCCUAAACAGUUCCAAUCAAACCCCCAGUACACCCAACUUGGGUGAUCCAACAAUAAAUUCUAAAUCAACCAACAAGUGGAGUGUAACAAAAUCCAUGAAACCUAUGACUCCAUCGAAAGCCAACCACCCGCUAGCACCAUUAACAAACACAUUUGACUUUGAGGCCCCCCAAUUCAUACCGAAAGACAAAAAAAGACUCACAUUAAUAUUCUCCAAGGCAGAGAAGGAGAAUCUGUAUUCGGUCAAGAGGAAAUUUCCCAGUUUAACCCCCGAGAAAUCCAUUGAUAAGUCUUUGGUCAAUCCGGAUAUCAGCCCGGACAUAUUUGAUGGGGAAGACCUGGAGGCUGUAGAUUGUAAAACCAACUACUUUGACAUGUCGUCGGUGAGUGUUACUGAGGAACCGUACAUAGAGAAACUGGACAAGAAAUUGUUGAAAAGGGUGCAAAAUGGUAUGAACGGGGUGUUGCCACCGCCCAGUGUCACUGUUAUCCACAUGAGUGCUCAAGAUAUUUUAAAUAAACUGGAUGAAAAUAAGAGUUAUUUCUUUUGGAAUAAACCGGAGGGAGAGAGUUCUUUAAAUAGUAGUGGAGACAGUGGGAAGUUUUGCAACUCCUUACUGUUAAGUGUAGGAUUAGAUGAGGCAAUGACGUUGGGGUUUCCGGAGGCCUCCAAAGUGAGGUGCCAUGGACUACACUAUAACUGUGGAAAGAUCUCCGAGGAAAUCGUCGACAUGUGCGAGAAGUACCAGAAACGUUUCGUGGGCGCGGAAACCCAGUCCACCUGCACGACAUUCGAGACCCAAAACUCCGCCUCGAGUCCAACAAAACGUAAAUCGACAAGACCCAAGUGGGGCACAAAAUCACCGGGACGUAGGUUAAGCCACCUGGCGAGACGACGAAUCACGUUUUCCAGUUCGAAUUUGCAAGCGGGCGGCGGUUCGGCUCUAGCCGGCUCUAGAGCGAGACAGAUCCUGGUUGACGCGAAGAAGAUCGAUCUGCUCAGUCGCCGUAGGAGUCCGAGAAAAACCCCGCGAAAAACGCCCACCAAAAGUCCGAAAGUUAAGACGAGGACGCCGUCGAGUAGUGCCAAGAAGAAACUCGCGAUGCGCUUCAGGAAACUGACCGGGGAAAUCGAGAAGUCGGUGCCGAGUACUUCGGAGGUCGCCUCUUCGGUGCCGAGGGCUUUGUUCCGUAGUCCGGCGAAAAGCGAGGGCAGAGCUACCAAAAGGGCCUUAUUCCAGAGCCCCAACCGUGAUAACUCUUCUAGUCUUAAUAUGAAAAGUAAGUCUCAGAACUUACAUUCUCUGGGUGACCGCAGUCAGUCGAGGAGGAACCUGUUUCCGUCCCCCAGGAAACAUUCGCCGCUAAAGCAGUCCAGAUCUCCGUUUAAGCGCGGAUUGAACUUCGGUUACGAGAAGAAGAGGAAGCGAAGCGAAUCCGAUGACGUGCCGGCGUCAAAGUUCCCGCGCAGUAUGUCCAUGGACGUGAAACCCAGUACGAGCGUUGGAAAUCGGUCGAUUUGUCGCACUCAGAGUGAACUGAAUAUAUCGGGGAAUAAGGGACAAAACGAACUGAGCGAGCAACACAAAAAGAAACUACUUUGGGCGGUCAGUAUCGCCCUCCAAUCCCAAAACAUAACCUCGAUCCAUCCGCAGUGGAAGACGUUCGCUUCGGUGCUGGCACGCGUCACUCGUCGUUUCUACGCGAACCAAUUGACGGGAAACGUGACAGGCGGUACGUCCGAACGGAUGCAGCGCAUCGCGAAGUACCACGUGAUCUCCGUGAUAAAAGGCAAAUCGGCGGACGAGAUUAUUAGCGAAUACUUGAAGAAUCGGGCCAACAGUAGGGUGCAGAAACCGCAGGGGUACGUUGCUCCCCAGGAUUAUGAGGCGAACGGUGCUAUCGGUGGAAAAAGGUUGGUACCAUCCGGAGGUAAGGAAAACGUGUUUCAAGACAGAGCGAACACGCUGGAAAGUUGGGAAAAGAGGAAACUGGAAGAGGGUCGCGGCAAGUCCACGCUAACCGAAAAUAAAAUCGAACGCAUUCGGAAAGUUAUCAAUUUCGGGGACGACGACCGAUAGCAAUAAUGAUUUGUUGUACAUUCGCUUUUUUCCAAGAUUUAAUUAGAUCUCAAGUUUAGUUGUUUCUUUCGGUUAGAGUCAUACUUAAUUAACAGGUAAGACAGACAAAAUAUUUAUUUUAGACGAGACGGGUUUGCUCUAACGGGGCUGCUCAAGAAUUUUGUUAUUUUAUUGCUAAUUUUAUUUACAUUAAAAAAAAAUAAUAAUAUGAUUUGAGACUGAUAGAAGUCGAGAAGAAGAAGGCAAUUCUCUUAGUUAGUUGCUUUAAUUAAUUAUAACGAGUGUAAUAUAAACUGUUAAUAAAAAUUUGUAUUAUUUAAA